UUCGCUUUUGCUUCCGUAACAUUCGCUGCUACUGAAUGUAUGCGCCGGUAAAUCAGUGUGCGUCAAUACUCAGUGACAGACGCUUAGUGCUUCUUAGCUGUCAGCCACCACCGCUAUGUUCCCUCGGUCGUUUGUCAGUGAGCUGGUCGGAGGAAUAUGACCUGGGGCGGAACGAGGCUGAUUAGUUCUCCAACUAACCCUUAACCUCUGGCGUGUUUAUGUUUAUGGCGAGUGAGCCUCUGUCAGUAGCAGGUCAGUCACAGUUUGUGUGACGGGACGCACAAGUUGACUUCUUGUUCAAAGUGAUGGACUAUUUCUCUCUGGUUCACCUCAUCAUACUGCUUCACACAGCCCUCGCCCUCCUCACCUCCCUUCCCGCACCGCGCAACGUCUCCGUGAAUUCCCACAACUUCCGUCACAUCCUGCGCUGGGAUCCCGGGCCCGGCACCCCGCCAGGGACGGAGUACAAGAUCUUCUCCAGACUGGCAGGGAGAAAACACAAACACAUACAGACCACGACAAAUACGUCUUGUAAGCUGACGCUAUCCAAUAAGAAGACAUUUCAUCUGAUGGUCCAAGCAGUUUUCAAUGGAACCCUGUCUCCAAGAUCCCACGAUGUGUCCUUCACCCCUUUCGCCGACACUGUAAUAGGUCCUCCACGAUUCACACUGGUUGGAUCUAGCAACUCUGUCCGUGGCAACAUCACCCUGCCUGAGGCUGACAGACACUCUAAAAUUGAGGACAUCCAGAUAUUCUAUGGUUUUGAUUUCAGAGUCUCUUGGAAGAACAAGAAUGGAGACGAAAGAGCAGCAGUGGAGUUCUCUAAAACACAAAACAGGAGUUUUACUCUCAGCAACUUAGACAGCGGCGUGGAGUACUGCGUUCAGGUGGAGAUUGAUUGCAACAUUAACAAGAACACUAAGGCGUCCGACUGGAUCUGUGCCACCACGAGCCGUCAUGAAGAAAUGAGACUAGGCCCUGUUGUUAUAGGUGCGGUUGCUGUUCCUGUAAUUGUUGUGGUGAUCAGCAUGUUUUGCCUCCACUACAGCGGAUUCCUUUGUAAAGUGAAGGCAGUCCUUCCCAGAGACCUAAUUACGGUUCUGAGCCAUGGCUACGUCCUGACUCCAGAGAGGACAUUCCCGGACCAGCUCUCCAUCUGCUCAGAGAUGGGAAAAAAUAGAAAGCGCAAUCCCGCAACUCUAUCACCUGCCACACGGGAAACUAACUCAGAGGAGGAGGAUGACGAGGACGAGGCAGAGGAUGAGGAUGAGGGACAUGUCUACUUGGACAGAGUCGGGGAGCUUUCUCCAGAUGAAAUGUCCCGCCAAGGCUCUGGUAAUACAUCGGGGAACAGCGAGAUGGCUCCAUCACGUUCGGAUGGGAGUUUCAGAGAGAAACUGUCAGCCAAGUUGAAGACGCUGUAUGUAGAGCCUCCUCAAGACGAGGUCAAAGCUGAAAAAGCAGAGGUGUCCCUCACGCAUAAGGGGGACAAAGCAGGUGUCCAGAGACAAGUCACAGAUGAGGUGAAGGAAAUUGAGGAGGAGGAGGAGGAGGAGGAGGAGAUGACGACGACGACGACGACAACGAUGAACGUCUCUGGUGAUGUCAAUCUGUUCUCUGUCAUCCUGGGUGCACUGGCUACAUGUGAGGAAGAGGAGCAGGAAGAGGAAGAGGAAGAGGAAUCGGAGCAGAAUACAGACGACUCUCUACCAGACCUUUUGACACUGUCCAGUCAGGAACAUGAACUCGCCCCAGACUGGAGCUCAGACUCGAGCCACACAGACUCACAAACUGAAUUGUAUAAUAAUCAGACAGGAGGACUGAUUCAACCCGCACAUAAAGGCUACUAUGGCUUGAGAUGAGGAUGGAAGAGACUGAGGAGCACACAGGUCUUUGGAGCAAAAACUUGUGUUGCUUUGAUGUGUUACUGUAUGUACAGUGUAUGAAUGUGUUCAGUGUAUUUCUUCCCAGCAGCUGCAUUGGUUUGGUAAAAUCUCUCAUCAGCUAUAGUGUACUUUUGACACCCAUUACACAUUCCUGAAAAACUGAAGAGAAAUAUUACAGACUGUUGGGCUUGUUAUGUGAAAAAUUAAUAUGAUACCUCAAAAAAGAAAAGUUGUAUUUACAUAUAAAUAUUGACUAUAGGUUCUGUGAGAGCUAGUGGUUAAUAACCUCAACAUCCUUUUUUACAUUAUAUUUCUAUAUAGAAGGAAAAUAAGAAGUGUAAUGGUAAUAAUGACUGCAUCUAUACUGUCGUAGUAAGGAGCACAUUGUGUUACCUACCGACAUGUGCUAGGCUCCUCAGCGGGUCACGAUAGAGUCCCAGAAAUCCGUCACACCAGCACAGGACUGACCUCAGCAACUGAGAUAGAGACUGACUGGACACAAUAACUGUUGCACAGGUUCUUCAUAGGAAACUUGCUCAUGUUAAAUUUCAACUAGAUUUUGCCCCAGAGGCAUGUGGGAGGAAGAAGUUGCCAUUUUACUUGACACUUUAUUUGGUGGACAUCAAACACUUCACCACGAACACAUCAUCCCCACCGUGAAGCAUGGUGGACAGAUAUUUAAUCAAGCUUGUAGUGUAAUAAUAAUCCCAAUAAAUAAAAAAUAAAACAGA